GGUUUCUUACGACGUGGUGACAUGGACUAUGAAGACAUGUCAAUUAUAAUCUUUUGACGUGGCAUGGAAUGUCAGGUGCUUGUGAACGCUGUCGUGCUGGCGGCGGCUAAUGAAUUCAAAUCAUCGACUUGAAUCUCAAAACCCCCCCGAAAAACCCUAAACCCUCAUUAAGCCAUGGGUGACGCAAAGCUCGAUCCCAACGUCCCUCCAGGCCUCCACUUGAUCUCUGCGUUCCUCGCCAUGGACCCCACCGGUACCUUAAUAUCCUUGGCAAGAGCAUGCGGCGGUGGUUUAGUUACAGAGACAGUGCAGAGGUUUAUUUGGGAAUUCUGCAUAAGCAAAACGACUGACAAAGGUAAUACGCCUUACUUGAAGAACUUUGUAAAGAAGCUUAUUUGUGAGAUUGAAUCAAGCCAUGGUACUAUUGUGCUGGAUGAAUUAUAUGAACAAUAUGGUUAUUACGUGACUUCACUCAAAGAUGAUAUUUCAGGCGCAAGGGUCUGCAAAUGCAUUUCUUUUCUUUUUCCUGACGGCUGUUCAAGCUCUCCAAUUUGUCCAAAGUCAAGAAAGCUGGUGGUUCCGUUGCAUUGUUCACUCAACAUGCUGGAAGGGGACACUGGGUGUUCUGUUUGGCCUUCAAGUUUAUAUUUGUCGGAAUUUGUACUUUCUUUUCCCGACAUAUUCUCCAAUAAAACAUGUUUUGAGGUUGGUUCUGGUGUUGGAUUGGUUGGAGUUUGUCUUUCCCAUGUGAAAGCUUCCAAGGUUAUAUUAAGUGAUGGUGACCUGUCAACUUUAGCUAACAUGAAGUUUAAUUUGGAGUUGAACGAAUCGAGUGUUGACACUGGCAUGCCAGAAAGAACUAUGCAAGAUCAAAAUAGGGUAAAAGCUGAAAUGGACAAAGUGAAAUGCAUUCAUCUGCCAUGGGAAUCUGCAACGAGGAACGAGCUUCAGGAGUUCAUGCCUGACAUUGUGUUGGGUGCAGAUAUAAUUUAUGAUCCAUCAUGCCUCCCAUAUCUAGUUCAAGUGCUUGCCAUUCUUUUGAAACAAACGAGAGCACAUUCUCAGAUGCCAGAAGAAAACUGCCAGGGCUCAUUACUAGAUAAUAAUCGUGCUGAUAUUAAAGUCAAGGAUGGUGAUGAAUCUAACUGUAAGGCUGAUAAAAAUGGCUGUGGAAGUGAUCUUAGAUUAGUUGAUGGUUCUUCAGAUGCUGCACCAAGGAAAGGCCCCGUGGCUUAUAUUGCCUCAGUAAUUCGCAAUAUUGACACCUUCAAUUGUUUUCUUGGACUAGCUGAGCAGGCUAACCUUUCAGUCAGAGACAUUACUGAAAAACGACGGCCAUUUGAUUUGCUUCCUUACAUGCAGUCAUACAAUCGAUCAAGUAUACGUUUAUUCUGCGUCGCGGGCAAAUAAGAAUUCUGUGUAACAAAAUUUCUCUUUUGCAUCCUUGAAACUGUUUCUUCUUUUAAAAAAAUAAAAAUAAAAAUCGAUCUUCUUGUACCGUUGGAGAAAACACUGCGGUGGUUGUUGUACCUUAAAUUAGAUUGUAUCCUAACUUGAGCUAAAUUCAAUUGGUGUGAUUUUGUGGUGUUUUGAUUA